UAGAUUUAUAGUGAUUAUGACGUAGAUAGCCAGAUAACAUUUAACUAUAGGGUUAUUACCAAUUGGCAUUGACAAUACACGUUUUAUUUCCUACGAAAUAAAACUCUGGACCUUCCAAUUUAGUUGUCGGAUUUGAAUAUCGCAAUGAAUUCAAAGGGUAUCUUUGCAAUUUUGAUGGUGUAUGUAGGAUGUGGUCUAAACAACGUUUUUUUGGAAUACCUAAUUAAAGAAGAUCCAGGAUGCGGACAUCUUAUCACUUUUCUUCAGUUCCUCUUCAUUGCAUGCCACGGAUUCAUCUUCACUUCAAAGUUUGGAAGAGUGAAACGGAAGAUCCGUCUCUAUGACUACUUCGUUCUUGUGUUUAUGUUUUUUGUGACGAAUAUUGUGAAUAAUUGGGCUUUUAAUUUCAAUAUACCUGUACCUCUGCACAUGAUUUUUAGAGCGGGAUCUUUAAUCGCCAAUAUGAUUAUGGGUAUAUGGAUAUUAAAAAAGAAAUAUGCACUUUCCAAAUAUUUGUCAGUGGCUAUGAUUACUCUAGGAAUUAUUAUAUGUACACUUCUAUCAAGUUCCAAGCAAAUACCAAAGACUUGUUCAGACUGCCCUGAUAACGUAGAUGUAGAAGAUAGCCAUGCAGAUAAAGAUCAUUUCUUUUGGUGGUUUAUUGGAGUACUGCUUCUUACUGGAGCGCUUUUGUUGUCUGCCAGAAUGGGUAUUUAUCAAGAGUACCUUACUGGACGUUAUGGGAAAAAUCCAGAAGAAGCACUUUAUUACACUCAUUUACUGUCACUUCCUGCGUUCUUAGUAUAUUACAACAGUAUUGUGGAACAUGCAAAUAUCGCUACACAAAGUGAGCCGUUCAAUGUUCCGCUAAUCAACAUUGCUAUUCCGUUAUUUUGGAUAUAUUUAGUUGGCAACGUCCUAACGCAAUAUUUGUGCAUUAGUUCGGUAUAUGUAUUAACCACGGAAUGCUCUUCGCUGACAUUAACUUUAGUGAUUACUUUGCGCAAGUUUUUCUCUCUAAUGUUCUCCAUCCUUUACUUCAAAAAUCCGUUUACUUGGGCGCACUGGUUCGGUACAAUUUUAGUAUUUGGCGGCACGCUCAUAUUUACCGAGGUACCUAGUAAAAUACGCGCGACCAUGACACAAGAGAAGAAAAAGGAUAAAGUAAAUUAGAGCAAUUGUGUUAAGUUAGCGAAUUGAUGGCCGCACUAGUCUUCAACUAAAAACCGGACUGAAGAUCUUAUUGAUGGAUUUAAUAUAGGUAUUUUAUAUGAUACUUGACAUAUGGCCAUCCUUUUGUUGUUUAAAAGUGUUAAAUGUUUAUUUAUGUUUUGUGGUUUGAAUUAUGAAAUCUUGUUAACUUACUACAUAAAAUAGAGAUCUAAGUUCA